UGACAUUGUGUACGUGGAUGUGGCACACCCUAUGUCCAGAGGCCGACCCACACAGCACUGGAAGAAUAAAAUGGAUUCAAUACUUAGGAUAAUCGCUGAGUUUCAGCGCUCUGUUUAUGACAAUCUUACAAUUAUGCCAAACGUUCAAAAAUACUUACUGUCCGUCAGAUAUAUAGAAGAGCUCCAGAAAUUCCUCGAAGAGGACAACUUUAAUUUAUCACUGAGUCUGGAGCCACCGGUAAAUGACGGCAAAAGUACUUUCUAUGUGCGAGAUAACAGUCAAACUGUGCGAUCACUCAACGAUUCCAAGAACCAAACGAUUACGGACUACGAGUCGUCCAGUCGUUUGUCCGUCAGUUUCAAUAGCGCCGACAGUCAGACAAACGGCAACUCAAUGCCGGGUUAUACUAAUAAUAAGCGAAAGUCAUUCUCUGUCGGCCACCGAAAGGCCCACAGU